AUGGCAUUGAAGGUGAACUUGAGCCGCAUGGAUUAUUUGUCUCAGAGCGCAAAUCAAACCUUCACUGUCCGGAAUACUUCUGCCGAAGCGGCGAGCAUCUUAGCCGGCGUGCUGAUUGUCACUAUUGUGGUUGACAUUAUCGGAAACCUACUCGUCAUCCUCUCAGUGUACAGAAAUAAAAAGCUGAGGAACGCAGGUAAUAUCUUUGUGGUCAGUCUGUCAGUGGCAGACCUGGCAGUAGCCUUGUAUCCCUUCCCAUUGGUGCUACUGGCAAUCUUCCGUAAGGGUUGGACGUUGAGUGCCUGGCAUUGCCAGCUGAGCGGUUUCGUCAUGGGCUUGAGCGUCAUUGGCUCCGUCUUCAACAUCACGGCCAUAGCCAUCAACCGCUACUGCUACAUCUGUCACAGCCUUCACUAUGAUCGCCUCUACACCCGCAGGAACACCUGCCUCUGCCUUGCUCUCACCUGGCUGCUCACCGCCAUCGCCACCCUCCCGAAUUUCGUGGUGGGCUCACUGAGUUAUGACCCACGUGUUUUUUCCUGUACCUUCACGCAGACAGCAAGUUCCGGGUACACCAUCUGUGUGGUGCUUCUGCAUUUCCUGCUGCCUCUGGCCGUCGUGUCCUUCUGUUACCUGCGCAUCUGGAUCCUGGUGAUCCGUGUGAAGAACCGGGUCCGAUCUGAGACCAAGCCUGGGCUCCGGGCUGGAGACCUCCGCAACUUCCUGACCAUGUUCGUGGUGUUUGUGCUGUUCGCUGUGUGCUGGGCACCCCUCAACCUGAUUGGCAUCGCCGUGGCGAUAGACCCGGCCAGGGUGGCGCCGAACGUGCCCGACUGGCUGUUUGUGAGCAGUUACUUCCUUGCGUACUUCAACAGCUGCCUGAAUGCUGUCGUGUAUGGGCUGCUCAACCAGAACUUUAGGCGCGAGUACAAACAGAUUUUGCUGGCACUGUGUGCACCAAGGACAUUCUUCAUAGAAAACUCAAGAGGUGGAACUGACGCACCAAAGAGCAAACAGUCACCCGCUGUGACAAACAACAACCAGGUAUAG